AAUAAGGAACAGCAAUGGAUAAGGGGCAUCGCUGCCUAGUUCCAUUGCCCAAAGAUAUAUAUGUGUGUCUGUUUGUAUAUAUUGAUUGAUAUAUACUCUUUCUUGUUUCCUAGCCACACAUUGAUGGUACAGUGAUAUAUGUGGAGAUAUGGCUUCUGAUGACCUAUCAGUGCUGGUUGAAGAGCUGGAAAACAUCUCCGGAGAGCUCCAGGCAGUAGAGAUCCAACUCCAAGAGCUUUUGGAGAGACAACAAGAACUUAUUGAAAAUAAAAAUGUCUUAAAGAAAAAGAUCCAGAAGCUAUCCGAAGAAUCCGAUGCUGGACCCAGUGCUGAGCUUGAAAGCACACCGGAGAAUUGGAAAACGCAAGAUUUCCCAUGGUCGCAGAAGAUUGAAGGUGCCUUGCGCAACGCUUUUCGACUCAACACUUUCAGGUCGUUACAGUUGGAGACUAUUAAUGCCACAAUGGCGGGCAGAGAUGUGUUUCUGAUCAUGCCGACUGGGGGGGGAAAGAGCCUGUGCUAUCAGUUACCAGCAGUGUGUUCAGACGGCUUCACGCUGGUAAUCUGCCCCCUGGUUUCUCUGAUGGAAGAUCAGCUGAUGGUGUUAAAGCGUAUUGGCGUUUCUGCAACAUCUUUAAAUGCUUCCAGCAGUAAGGAACAUGUGAAAUGGGUGCAUAGUGAAAUGAUUGAUAAGAAGUCACAACUAAAACUCAUCUAUGUCACUCCCGAGAAAAUCGCAAAGAGCAAACUGUUUAUGUCCCGAUUGGAAAAAGCGUAUCAAGCCGGACGGCUGGCACGUUUGGCAGUGGAUGAGGUUCAUUGUUGCAGUCAGUGGGGCCACGAUUUCCGACCUGACUACAAGUCUUUGGGAAUCCUGAAGCGUCAGUUUCCUAACGCUCCACUAAUAGGACUGACUGCCACGGCCACCAGCCAUGUCCUGAAGGAUGCUCAAAAAAUUCUGUGUGUCUCAAAGUCUGUUACGUUUACUGCCUCAUUCAACAGACCCAACCUUUUCUAUGAGGUACGUCUGAAACCACCAAGUACCCAAGACUUCCUUGAAGACGUUGUAAAACUUAUCAAUGGCCGAUACAAGGGGAAGUCUGGAAUUAUCUAUUGCUUUUCUCAAAAAGAUGCAGAACAGGUAACCAUGAGUCUGCAGAAACUGGGCAUCCGAGCUGGCACGUACCACGCCAACAUGGAGCCUUCCGAUAAAACCAUUGUUCACACCCGCUGGACGGAGAACAAGAUUCAGGUGGUUGUGGCGACGGUAGCCUUCGGAAUGGGAAUUGAUAAACCAGACGUGCGAUUUGUAAUUCACCAUUCAAUGAGCAAAUCAAUGGAGAAUUAUUACCAAGAAAGUGGGCGAGCAGGCCGCGAUGAUCAGAGAGCAGACUGUAUUCUCUACUACGGCUUUGGAGACCUUUUCCGAAUAAGUUCCAUGGUGGUUAUGGAAAAUGUCGGACAACAGAAGCUUUAUGAAAUGGUGAAAUACUGUCUGAACCUGAGUCGAUGUCGGCGUGUGCUCAUAGCGCAACAUUUUGAUGAAGUUUGGGAUUCUGCGCAGUGCAAUAAAAUGUGUGAUAACUGCAACAAUGAAAAGGUAUAUGAAAAGGUUGAUAUAACAGAUUAUAGUCGAGACAUAAUGAAAAUUUUGGAGCAAGCGAAUCAAAUGGAUGAAAAACUUACCCCCCUGAAACUAAUUGACGCGUGGAUGGGAAAGGGUGCUUCAAAACUACGCGUUGCGGAUGUUCGGCCCCCGAAAUUCCCUCGCAAUGAGAUUGAAAGAGUUAUCACAAAUCUCCUCUUACAGCAAUAUAUAAAGGAAGAUUUCAGUUUUACAGCCUACGCCACAAUAUCGUACAUGAAAAAGGCACCCAAAGCCGCUCUACUGAAAAAUGAAAAUCACACAAUUAUUGUCCAAAUGAGGAAGAUGAAAAAUGGAGCAGACAAGGUAAAGUGUCCAGAAGCCACCAGUCCAAAAGCAUCUCAUGCGAAUAGAGAAAAUACAAACCAGUUGAAAAGGUCUGCGACUCGAACAGGAAGUGGUGGAAACAAGCACUCAAAGUCGGAGAGUGCGUCUGAAGCCAAAAGGAGCAAAGUGUCAGCUGAUGACUCCAUUCUAAUUGACUAAUCCUGUUAAAUCAUUUGCUGUAUGUCUGAAUGUAAGGUGGAGCUGGUAUUCUGCCAGAAGGUUGUGCCUAGUCUGCAGAACCAAACAGUAAGUUUCAUUGCACCGAUUGGUAAAUGGCAAUCCAGACCGGUCAAGCGGAUCUUCUUACUGGAUAUUGUCAUCUGUGAUCCAGGAAGCAAUAGGAGCUUUCACAUUUGACUCAUUUUGGCCAAAAAGCCAUAAAACAAAUGCAUUCCUAAAUCUGGAAAAUAAACAACGCAAAGGGUGUAGAAAUGUGUGUUACGUGUAAUAAUUAGCAUAUUAAAGGUGUUUAUUUCAAUAUA